CUGACACCCCCGGGCCGGCCCACCCCUUACCCCUCCAUCCCUCCCCUCGCCCCUCCCGGAGCCCUCCCGGGGAGGCGAACGGAGCCGCCGAGCGCUGCCGCCCGCUCGCCCAGCGCAGCCCCGGAGCAUGCGAGGGCAGCGGGGGGGCCCCGUCCUCGCUGCCCCCCCCGGAGGGCUCCGCCGGGGAGGGGGGCAGCGCUGCCACCCGGCUUGAAGAGGGCUGGGGGCUCGGAGCUGAGCCUCCAUCCCUCCAGCAUCCCGCCUUGGAGGGGAGGCUGAGCUUUGCCCCAAAAUUUGUUUGUUUGUUGUUUUUUUGGUGUUUCUUUUUUUUUUUUUUUUUCUGGGGGGGGGGUGGGUUGAGCGAGUCUUGGAGGGGGCUUUGGGGAUCAUGCCGGGGGGGCUGCGCCUCGGCAUCGCUUUCUCCUCGCCCUCCAUGGAGCCCGGACCUUUUCUACAAUGACUUUCGCUGAGCUGAGCAAUGGCAGCUUGAGUGGGAACAGGACGGGGCAGGGCAGCCAGAGCGGUGCCAACCGGUCCUGGGGGCUGCAAGGCGAGGACCCCCCCCAGGGCAACGGCACCACGCUGCCUUUCGCCUUGGACGUGCAGGCAGUGGGCGUUGGGGUCUUCCUGGCCGCCUUCAUCCUCUCGGCCAUCGUGGGGAACAUCCUGGUCAUCCUCUCGGUGGCUUGCAACCGGCACCUGCAGACGGUCACCAACUAUUUCAUCGUCAACCUGGCCAUCGCCGACCUGCUGCUCAGCACCACCGUGCUGCCCUUCUCGGCCACCCUGGAGGUGCUGGGCUUCUGGGUGUUCGGCCGCAUCUUCUGCAACAUCUGGGCAGCGGUGGACGUGCUGUGCUGCUCCGCCUCCAUCAUGAGCCUCUGCAUCAUCUCCGUGGACAGGUACAUCGGGGUCAAGUACUCGCUCAAGUACCCCACCAUCAUGACGGAGAGGAAGGCGGGGGUCAUCCUCGUGGUGGUGUGGCUCUCCUCCAUGGUCAUCUCCAUCGGGCCGCUGCUGGGCUGGAAGGAGCCACCACCACCGGACGAGAGCAUCUGUAGCAUCACAGAAGAGCCAGGCUAUGCCCUCUUCUCCUCCCUUUUCUCCUUCUACCUGCCCCUCAUGGUCAUCCUGGUGAUGUACUUCAGGAUCUACGUGGUGGCCAGGCGGACAACCCGGAGCUUGGAGGCGGGGGUCAAGAAGGAGAGGAAUAAAUCCAUGGAGGUGGUGCUGCGCAUCCACUGCCGCAGCGUGCUGGAGGAGCCUCUCUCCAGCACCCGGAGCAAGGGGCACAACUUCAGGAGCUCCCUCUCCGUGCGGCUCCUCAAGUUCUCCCGUGAGAAAAAGGCGGCCAAGACUCUCGCCAUCGUCGUGGGCGUUUUCAUCCUCUGCUGGUUUCCCUUCUUCUUCGUCCUGCCUUUUGGUUCUUUCUUCCCAUCUCUGAAGCCCUCAGAAAUGGUCUUCAAGGUCAUCUUCUGGCUGGGAUACUUCAACAGCUGCGUGAACCCCAUCAUCUACCCCUGCUCCAGCAAGGAGUUCAAGCGAGCCUUCAUCAGGCUGCUCAAGUGCCAAUGCCACCGGCGACGACGUCCCAUCUGGCGCGUCUACGACCACCACUGGCGAGGGGCCUCCAUGAACAGCUCCGUGCGAGGCUCCGAGACGGACCUGAGGCCCAGGAUCAGCACCCUGCACAGCUCGUUCCUAUUUAACUCCUCCUUGCAGGAGAGGGCCGGUAAGAGGCGAACGCUCAGCUUCAAGGGCUGGAAAAUGCUCACUCCGUUCCAGAAGCCAGCGUCCACCCAGCUGAAGGAAAAGAUGAACAGCCUUUCUAACAAAAUCCGGGGCGGCUCCAGCAAAGGGGGGGUGACAGCCUCCUACAAAACCGAGGUGGAGUCUGUCUCUAUUGGGAUCCCUCAUGACUUUACGGAAACCAUUGACUAUCAAACCUAUGACUUAACAGACUGCUGUGGGCUGAGAGAGACAGAUAUCUGAAGGCGCCGGGACAGCUCUCGAUGGUUUCUUUAGCUGUAUCUAGCAGAAACGUGAAGGGAUGCCACCUGUGGGUCUGUCAGGCAGACUGGAAGCAGCAAUCAGGUAUAAAAUGCAGUUGCCCAAAGGUUGUACAAGCUUCCCCCACGGGGAGGUCAGCCCCUUCUACGGGGUUAUGGGUUCCUCAAAUACGAGCCAAUGGCACAUCCCAUUUUAACGAGCUGUGGCAAGAGGGGAAGGUGUGGGGUGGAUCUGGCCUUAGGAAAAGAGCUGUUUCCUCCCAUGGGAUGGUUCUCUUUGACUUUGGAAGAAGCUGUGCAAUUAAGGGAAACCAGAACAUCUCCUUUGCCUUAAAAACACCACCACAAAAGCUACUGGAAGGAUUGAACCCCAACAGGUGCCAACUCUGCCUUAGCACACGUGAUAACAUUUCCAUCCAGAGGCAGCAUCCCGAACGGAUGCUGUGAGCAGUAGCUGGCAGCUGACCCUUUAGACAGUGGGCUGGGGGCUUGUAGGGCUACAGGGCUGGACAGAACCUGUAGCCCAAGCCUUUUCUUUCGAGGGUGAGCAGACUGCGGUAUUCCCGAGCAGAGCUGGGGGAUCCCGGCUCUCAGCCAUCGUGUUUGCGGUGCCCACAGCUUUGCCACUUCCUCGCAGCCUGGUUUUAGCCCAGAGGAGCAGUCCAGAUGCAUACACUGAUGCCAACAGGUGUGCAGGUCUCUCUUCUCUAACUCCAACCUGCGACGUGUUUCUCAUUUCACUUUCCAGUGAGAAAUUUGCAACCCAUCUUGUUCUGGCCUGCAUCCCUCUGUGACGUGGAGACUCCUUUUGAUGUUGGUCAUCCCCGGUCUUUUUCUCUCCCCUUCUUAUCCUCACUUGCUCUUUCUCUCAAACAACAUGGAAUAAAGAUGUAUUCCUAGCUGUGGCUGAGCAAGGUGGGGUGGGUGAGGCUGGGCCUGUUCCCACUACUCACAGAGCCACAGCUUAAAGGGAGCUGAAGUGCAGUGGGAGCUCCCUCUUGUGGAUCCAUCUUUUCCCCAGCCGGGACCAUACCAGAGCACAAGGAAACAGUCUCAGAUUGAACCAGGGGACGUUUAGGUUGGAGAUCAGGGGGAAUUUCUUCAUGGUGAGGGUGAUCAAGCACUGGAAUGGGCUGCCCAAAGAAGUGGUGGGGUCCCCAUCUCUGGGGGCAUUCAAGAGACGUGGAUGUGGCACUCAGGGACCUGGUUUAGUGAUGGGACUCAGUAGGUCAGGAUGAUGGUUGGCCUGGAGGGUCUUGAAGCUCUUUCCCAGCCUAAAGGAUUCUGUGAUUCUAGACUCAGAACUCUUUUCCCAAGUGGCUCCCCCCCUUCCUGACACAUCAAAACCUUUGUUGGUUAGCAGCAAUUACUCUUGGUUAGCGUGGCCAAAAGCAGUAUUGAUAGAGUUUGUUUGUUUGCUUUCCCUGCUCACAGCCCCCGAGUGUGAGGUCGUGGUCUAAGGGUAAAUAAAGAAGAGGAACAUGAAGCCCAAGGGUGGAGACACGAUGCUGAGUAUGUCCUGGAUGGCAACUCAUCCACACCAGCACUGUCCCCCAGACCCAUUAGGCGUAUUCAUGAAUGUGCCUACUGCACGUCCAGCCAAUCCUCUUAAGGGUGGCUGUCAAAGGAGAUGAAAGUGUCCUAGCACAGCAUGGAGAACGCGACUUUCUUUCUGCUGGUUUUUAGUUUUAAAGGAAAUUAAAGUCAAGGAAAAUGUAGAUUUCUUUUAUUUUUUACUUUCUUUCAUGCUGAGACAUUCAGAGUGGGCCCUACCUCAGCACCCAUAACACCCUCCUGCCUUUUACUCAGUGCAAUGGACUCUGAACUGGAUGCACAAAGACCUACAGAUUUUGUCCAAAUAUUUUCCUCCUAGCAGUUAACCCCAACAAGACAUAUGGGCUGCACUGCACUGGGCACUGGGGAAAAGGCAGCUCAAUUUAGCAAUUGCUGGCAAGCCGCUCAUUCCCAAGAAUGAGCUGAAAUUACCUCUUACACUUCUCCCUGAUCUUUUAAAUCUCCUCCUUUCUUUUUUUCCAAUUCUGAAAUAUUUACAUUUACAACCUCCAGUCCCUUGAAAGCACGAAGAAGGGAAAGAAAGACUAGUCUGGGGUUUUUCUGCUUCUCCAUCCCAAUCCUUUACAGGAGAGAAAAUGAGGAUAAAGUCUGUUUAAGCACACACAUGCAUAUUAUAUAUCUAUUUCUCACCCAAGCCAGGUCCCUUCUUUCAUUUAGCACCUUGCAUCUGAAGAGUCCGUGCCAGGACUGGAAUCUGUACAUGCAGAGAUUCAUUUAGGGAAGAUUGGGGCUGCAUUUGCUGACAGGGGAAGGACAGUGUUGUACGAAAUACACCCUGAGUAUCUAAGCUUGUGCUUUUCCCUUUGAGUCCCUUAAUUUCUGAGCUCUCCCAGCUUUGGAAAAAUGGGCUCAGACCUUCAGGAAGCGAAUUCGGUCUGACCCCGUUGACUUCUCUGGACCGCCAAGUGUGUGACCCGCGGAGGGUAUGGCCCCGUUUCUCCAAAAUUCACCAAGCAGGCCAUUUCCCAAAGCCCCCGUCCCUUGGUCACCCAGCAGCUCUCACCUCAUCGCGCCGGCUUUGUGUCCCUAUCGCAUCGCCAGACCUUGCUGCUUCGACGAGCCGAGUGUUGAGGAUGGUGAAGAGCAGCUUCAACGCCAGGAGACUCUCACGAGUCCCAUCCGAGGAGGAAAGAAGGUCCCCGUCAGCCUGAGCUGGACUGCAGUUGGGUUGCAUUACUAUUGUUUACAGUGUGUAUAUAAGUGUACAUUUCCUUUAGCAGACAUUGGAAUUUUUUAUGUAUAGAUUUUUAUUUUUCAUCCACAGACGUAUUUAUUAGCUGGAGUAUUUCUGUUUUGUGAUUCAAGUAAUGUCAGAUUGAUGUAAGCUCUAUGAAACAGAAUGCACAUAUUUUUGUUUAUUUGUACCAAAUACAUGCACAAACCCGU